UGACGGGAGCGAGACUGCCCAGGAUGUCCAGCUACCUGCAAAAACUGACCACAGUGCUGCCGAGCCACAGGCCUGGGGCUCUGUUUAUCCUCACCAUUUCAUUUCUGCUCAUUGCCUCUGUCAUGUUCUACCAGAGAACUGGGAAGGACACUGAGGGCCAGCUCUACAUCUCACCCACAGAAAUCAGGUGUGAACAGUUUUUUCCUUCUCCUCCUCACACCAUUGCUGGUGGGUCCCUUCCUUCCCCAGGGGAUGUGUUUUUUGUGGAGACCUCCGAGCAAACUAACCCAAGUUACCUGUUCACGUGCUCUGUGGAGUCAGCGGCCCGGGCACACCCUGGGACACGGGUUGUGGUGCUCAUGAAAGGCCUGGCAAAGGGGAAUGUCUCAUUGCCCAGCCACUGGGCAUUCUCAUUGCUGAGCUGCUUCCCCAACGUGGAGAUCCGGCCCCUGGACUUGGCAGAGCUUUUCUCAGGAACACCUCUGGCAAAGUGGUACUUGCAGGCACAGCACCGUUGGGAGCCUUAUUUCUUACCCGUCCUGUCUGAUGCCUGCAGAAUUGCCAUCAUGUGGAAAUUUGGUGGCAUCUACCUGGACACAGACUUCAUUGUGCUGAAGAACUUGAAGAACCUCACCAAUGCCCUUGGGCUCCAGACUCAUGAUGAACUGAAUGGGGCCUUUCUGUCCUUCAAACCCAAGCAUGAGUUCAUGGAACUUUGCAUGCAGGACUUUGUGGACAACUACAAUGGGUGGAUCUGGGGGCGCCAGGGCCCAGAACUUGUAACACGUGUCUUCAGGAAGUGGUGUUCCAUCAGUAAUAUCCAAAAUGGUAUGAUCUGCAAAGGAGUUAGUGCUCUGCCCCCUGAGACUUUUUAUCCCAUUCCAUGGCAGGACUGGAAGAAACUAUUUGAAGCAAUCAGCUCCUCGGAGCUUCGCAAUCUCCUUAAGAACACCUAUGCGGUGCAUGUAUGGAACAAGAAGAGCCAUGGGACAAGGCUAGAGAUCACGUCCCAGGCUUUCCUGGCUCAGCUAUAUUCUCAGUUCUGCCCUGCCACAUCUGCACAGAUGAAGGACUCUGAGGAGCAGUCUAGGCCUGUGAUGUGAUCUGUGUGCUGUUAGCUGCAGGAAAGUUUUCCAACCUGAAGGAAACUGAGUGCCUUCCACAGAGUUGGUGUCUAGCCCACAGAGUAGGUAUUCUGUGUGACAGCUCAGUGAUUUUCAUUCCAUUUCUGAUACCUGCCUCAAACCGUACGUGUUUCAAAUGUGCGACAGAAGUGGAUUUUGGUCUCUCUUGCUGUGCUUCGGUAGUCCUUGAUGUUGCAGGGAAGGGUGACCUCGUUCUAUUAAUACAUGGCUCUGUGGCUGAUGUCACCACCACAAUUCUUGACUUUCUGUUAACUGGAUGCUGUAAACAGCACCAGGUUUGCUGGUGUGGGAUGGGGUUCACCUUUCUCAAAGGAGGAGGAGGGUCUUUGCACUUGAUCUCUCUGGGCUCAUUGACAGAGCGUUAAAGUAGACAUUAUGGGGGAGGAGGACAAUAUCAGGCUCGCCUGUGACAGGCUAUGGGAGAAGACGCUAAGGUUAGAGAGGUGGGGUGCUAGUGAGGACCCUCAGUCGGUAGCCCUGAGAUGUGUUGGCCUCACUGAAGCACACUUGAAGUCUUAUGGAGAUGAGCCAGGGGCUCCUGAAGUAAUAGAAGCCAACAGGAAAACACCAGUUAAAUACUUCAAAGGAAGUAAUGGUUGUUCCUUUAAGAAGAUGACACAGCCAACAGCCCAGCUGAAGUGCCUGUACACCAAUACACGCUGCAUGGGCAACAAACAGGAGGAGCUGAAGGCCACUAUGCUGCUAGAAGACUGCAACCUAGUGGCCAUUACUAAAACUUAGUGGGAUGAAUCCCACGAGUGGAAUGUGGCUCUCAAUGGCUACAGGCUGUUCAGAAGGGACAGGCAAGGAAGGAAGGGUGGAGGGGUUGCACUCUACAUCAAGAGAAAGAUAGAGCAUGAAGAGCUGUCUCUGAGGAAUAGCCACGAGCAGGUUGAAUGCUUAUGGGUAAGAAUCAGAGACCGAGGCAACAAAGGAAACCUUGUCAUUGAUUGCUACUACAGGACGCCCAAUCAGGGAGAGACUUUUGAUGAGGUAUUCUUACUCCAUCUACGUGAGGCAUUACACUCACAGGCUCUUGUCUUGAAUGGCCCUUAUGGCUGCUGGAAAAUUGCAUGGCAAGCUGUAGGGAAUCCAGGAGGCUCCUAGAGUGCAUUGAGGAUAACUUCCUGAGUCAGGUAACAGACAGCCCUACCAGGGGGGAUGCAAUACUGCACCUGAUGGUCACCAAUGCAUGUGAGCUAAUUGGUGACAUGAAAAUUGGAGGCAGCCUGAGCUGUAGAGAUCAUGCACUCAUGGAGUCUGCAGUCCUGUGGGAUGUGAGACAUGUGAAGACUGAAGACAGGAUCCUGAAUUUUAGAAAAGCCAACUUCCGGCUCAUCAAGAAGUUAGGCAAUAGGACUCCCUGGGAAACUGCCCUGAGGGACAAGGGAGCAGAACAGAGCUGGCAGAUCUUUAAGGUUGCUUUCCAUAGAGCAGGUAUAAGAAAUUGGGUAGGAAGGAAAGAGCCUGGCAUGGCUGUUUUGAGACCUGCUGGUCAAACUAAAGGGCAAGAAGGAAAUGCACAGGCAGUGGAAGCAGGGACAGGUAUCCCGGGAAGGGUAUAGGGACACUGCCCGGUUGUGCAGAGAUGGGGUCAGGAAGACAAAGGCACAGCAAGGGAUGCAAAAAGGAAGGUACCCCACAUGAUGUGCAAGACUGGCAAACUGGUAAGAACGAAUGAGGAGAAGGCUGAAGUACUCAACAACUUAUUUGCCUCAGCCUUCACUGGCAAGCUCUCUUCCCUAACCUCUCAAGUGGAUGAACUUGAAGAUGAGAACUGGGGAAGCAAUGUCCCUCCCACUAUUUAUGAAAAUCAGGUUCAUGACUACCUGAGGAAAUUGAACAUAUAUGAAUCUAUGGGACCUGAUGAGAUGCAUCCCAGAAUCCUGAGGAAACCGGCUGAUGUAGCUGCCAAGCCACUCUCCAUGAUAUUUGAGAAGUCAUGGCAGUCAGGGGAAGUCCCUGGUGACUGGAAAAGGGGAAAUAUCACCUUCAUUUUGAAAAAGGGUAGAAAGGAGGACCCCAGGAACUACUGACCUGUCAGCCUCACCUCUGUGCCUGGGAAGAUCAUGAUACCUCGAAGGUAUGCUAAGGCACAUGGAGGACAGGAAGGUGAUUUGAGACAGCCAGCAUGGCUUCACCAAGGGCAAAUCCUGCCUAACCAACCUAGUGGCCUUCUACAAUGGAGUAACUACAUCAGUCGACAAAGGAAAGGCUAUGGAUGUUGUCUAUCUGGACUUGUAUAAAACCUUUGACAUGGUUCCCCACAACAUCCUUCUCUCUAAAUUAGAAAGAUGUGAACCUGAUGGGUGGACUGUUUGGUGGAUGAGGAACUGGCUGGAUGGUUGCACCCAGAGAAUAGUGGUCAAUUGCACAAUUCGUGGAUGGACACUGGUGAGAAGUGGUGUCCCUCAUGGGUCCAUAUUGGGCCCAGUAAUAUUUAGUAUCUUCAUCAAUGUCAUAGACAGUGGGAUCAAGUGCAGCCUCAGAAAGUUUGCAGAUGACACCAAGCUGAGUGGUGCAAUGUCUGAGGGACAGGAUGCCAUCCAGAGGGACCUGGACAAGCUCGAGAAGUGAGCCCAAGUGAACCUCAUGAGGUUCAACAAGGCCAAGUGCAAGAUCCUACAGAGUCAGGAUAACCCCCAGUAUCAAUACAGGCUGGGGGAUGAAGAGAUGAAGAAGGGAUGAAGAGAUGAAGAAGGGAUGAAGAGAUGAUGAAGGGAUUGAGAGCAGCCCUGUGGAGAAGGACUUGGGGGUAUGGGUGGAUGAAAGAUUGGACAUGAGCUGGCAAUGUGCACUUGCAGCCCAGAAGGCAAAUCUAGCCACAAAGUCUAAAUUUCUUUUUCAUAAUGAAUAUUGCUAAUAAAUACCACAGAUACAUCACUGCUGCUUAUCUGGAUUUUAGCAAGGCUUCUGACAUUGUCUCCCAUCACAGAGUCAUGGACAGACUGAUGAAGUGCAGAUUAGAAAAGUGGAUGAUGUGGUGGGAAGAAAAGUGGAUGAAUGUCUGUGUUUGAAGGGACACAAAGUGCAGCUGGAGGCAAUUCACUAGUGCUGUACCCCAGGGGUCAACACUGUCAGUAUCUGAUCAGUAAGUCAGUAUCAGUAAGUAUCUGAUCUGUGUGCGAGCAAGGAACAUCUGAUUUAAGCCAUAUUCUGAGGCUGCCCUCCAGUUCUCUGUCUAACAGAUGGUCCCUGGGCUUAUAUUAACCUCAGUCAGAAUAGUGUAGAGAUUAUCAGGGGCCACAUCCAUCAAAUAUACCUGUCUCCCUCUUACCUGGCAUAGAACUGGAACUAGAUGUCAUAGAGCUGAUACUUGAAAUCAGCAAGGUUUGGCUUCACUAGGUGUUUUUAAGCAGAUAUUCAUGAGCUAGCUGAAGGAUAAAAACCCCAAGAUAUAUAGAGAGUUUACUUUUUAAUUCAGUGUUUUCAGUGACUAAAAAAAGAUCUGUGUUGCUCAUUUUCAUGACAUCUGUCACUAACAUAGCAUCAAGAAAACCAUUGUUUUCAACUAUUUUUUUCUGGAGUCACUACUUCUGUUAUAUCAGUUGAUUUCUUGUUGUCCAAUAAGGAAGUAAAGGCUGCAGAAAAAGAGAAGCUUUCGGCAGGCACAUCCUAAUGAACAGGCCACGUGCUUAAGCAUAUCUGUGAGUGCCAUCAUAAAAAGACGCCAUAUAAUAUGCCUUCCUUGGAAGCCCUCAGAAAAAAACAUUCCUUUAUAUGUCAGGUGUCAUUCUGAGGUGCACUGCUGGGUGUCAGUCUAGAGGUGACUCAAGGCCAGAUGACUGCUGCACUUGUUUUUGAGGUAAACAGCUCACUACUGGGCUUCCUUAUGGAACCAGCUGCUGAAGAUGUGAUGACCUUCUACCAAAACAAAUCACAUCUGAUCACCAAAAUUACAGGCAUAGGCUUAUGAACAGGACUCUGUGGCUCAGAGAGGAGCAGGGGGACAGAGAAUAAUGGUGCUCUCCAUCAUGUGGGAUGCUCAAUCAGCUUAAUGUAACUCUAUCCAGGGAGAAGAAAAACCAGGGAAGGAAACAAAUGUUCAUAGACAUGUUUGAAGCAUAGCCUCCAACAGAAAUGCAAGAAGUAGCUGUGGACCUAGUACUUUCUGAAAGGGCUAGAAGCUGUAAGCAAAGGAGGAAAGUAGACUUUGGCAUCUUUUUCAAUACAGGGAAUAACAGCAAAGAAAUAAGUAAAUGGGUCAUCAAGAGCCUCAUUCAUUUCACUUUGUACUGGAACCACAGAAAAAUUCAUGUUUUGGAUAAGGCACAAAAGGGUAUUAUACUGAGGCUGAGGUUGUUGUGGAAACUACCUUCAAAUGACAUGUAGCCUGAUGACCCUCAUGACAUCCAAACUAUAUAUGAUGUUGCAUUUUAGGCAAACACAUAAAAACCGACAGGUUAUCUUCAAGUCAUUUCCACCAUUAGCCAAAGAACGGGUCUCACUUGCAAAAGCUUUUAUUCUCCUCAGGCGUUCUUCAUUUAUGUAGUGAAACAGGUGUCUGGCUGCGCUGCAAUGGACAGCACUAUCACCUUGCUGUGUGGCACCUGGUUUUCCCUAGGAGAAAGACCAGAGUAAAACAAUGAAAGAAGCAAGAUAUCCUUAGAGGUGACAAGACCUGCCUUAAUAAUAACGAAAACCAAACCCAUAAUGCUAUAUACAUCACAAAUGAUAAACGGAAGUAAUGUAGAGCCAAGGCUGCCUCUCACCCCAACACAAAUAAAUAAAAAAGAGAACCGGGCACCUUCUUUCUCUGUGCAUUUCUAACCCACAGAUCUACUGCAUAUAGUUUAUGAGGCCAUGCAGUGCAGCAGCUGUUUCUCUCCUGAGUCCCUACUCCACAGCUUAGCCAGUCUAAUUCUCCUCACCUCUGUGAUCAUGCUUAGGCAACCCCGCUCCUGAGUAGGAUCCCUGAGGCUCAGCCUUUGUUUUCCCUUUCUGAAUUCAUGACCACAGCUCCAGCCAAAACCCCACUGCCAGGGAGGUGCAGGGACAUUUCUCUGCAGCUCCACCAGCUUUGCACUGGGGCAUCUGGGUGCUCUGAAAUUUUCAGACGUCUGGUUGGCCAUGUUUAAGGGCACCUCAAUCAGUGCUAUCAAUAAGACUUUCCCAAUGAUUUUCAAGUUUCUUUUCCAAAAAGGGCAUUCUCAAGGAAAGAGGAGAGAAGCUGAGUAGCACUUUGUUAACAUGGGCAAGGGGUAACUAGAGACUGGUUCUGAGAAAUGGAAAAUUCAUAUGGGAGAAUUUUUCCCCACACACAUUUUGGCCUGAGGUAUGUACCCUUUUUUUUCAAGUUUACCAGCAACAGAAAAUCAGAUCUUAUAAUAUGAAGCAACACUUCAAUAAAGUGUUGGAGCAUUUGUAUGAGUACAAAAUGGAAUACUGGAUAUUCAGUGGCCUGCUGCAAUUUGUGGCCAAAACAUGUGGUCAUGUUUGCACUACGCUGAGCUGGCAAGGAGUGAAAUGGCUGCUUGUCAAACCUGAUACCCACUUCCCCUAACAGUUCCCUGGGACUGGUAGCAGCAACCCUGGCACCCUCAUCACCCACACCUCUGUGCUCUUCAAGUUGCAGCUCCUUUAUUCACAUUAGCAGAAAGAGCUUAAAAGGAAUCCCAGAGAAUUUCCAUUUACAAGCAGCACCACCACUGGAGUCAGCAGGUUCAAUUUAAUCUUUGAUAAAAUACAGGUCAGAUCAGUAGCAUUGCUAGUGAUUUUAUAACCAAACAUGUACUUAAAUCUAUUGUAAAACUUCUGUCCUAUGAUUUAGCUGCUGAGCUAAGAAAAGUUUCUGGAUCCCAAAGGGUGUAAAAGGGUGUGUUCGCCAGUAGAAACAAAGCAUGGAUCAAAGGGAAAUGAGAUCAGUGUGGAAUCUGGGUUGUUCCUGGGUCUAACGCAGGCAGUGAGAAAAUCCAAGCAUCUUGAGAGCAGCCUUGCUAAUUCUAUGGGUUGGCUUUCUCUACUGAAGAGAGCAGGCAAUGCUUUGUCAAACCCGUUGCACAGGGCAGUGCACAUUUGCCAUGCAGGAGCUGAGGUCAGGUUCCCCCAGCUCUCUGCUCCUCUUUUCCAGCACAAGGGAAUGGGGACAGCAUUUGGCACUUACAUGUGAACAUCCUUUCCAAAGGAGCGGGGCAAUAGACUUGCAGAAGACAGUCUGCCUAACAAAACUGCCACCUCAAGUAUCAGAUGUUGACCUUUGCCAAGGUCAAGGAUCAAGGGAACCCUGUGAAUAAGGCCUGUUUCUAAAGCAUGUAGGCAUCUCUGUGUAUUUCUGGCCUAAGUAUUUUGCUUUUCUAACCAAGGUGGCCAAUGGAGAAGUGCUGGUUUGUUGCCUCCAGUCAGGUCCCUAAACUUCCCUGAAAAGGGAAAGGGCUUAUUCAAAAUUAAUUUAAAUGUCUUUGGUGGAUCUAGAGAGGGUGAGCAAGAACAUUGCGCAUUACAGUCUUCCAUACCAAAGCAGCCAGGGCUCACACAUGCAUGAAGGACACAUUUGGGCUGGACAGACUCACUCAGGGAGUCAUAGAAUCAUAGAAUGUCCUGAGUUGGAAGGGACCCACAGGGAUCAUCGAGUCCAACUCCUGUCCCUGCAUAUGACAACCCCACAGUUCACGCCAUGUGUCUGAAGGCGUUGUCUAGACUGAAUAAAAGCUGGCAGCUAGAACAAACAUGGUGCAGAUCUAUAGCAGGCUCAGCCCUUUCCCUGGGGAAGCCAGAGUAGGCCUUUAGGUCACGUUUUGUACGUGGAUAUAGAGAAGAGGAAAGAUUCUGAGACAAUGAAUUUGCUGUACAUCCGCAUGGGAGCUUUGGCUAUGGCUGCCAAGCUCCACAAACUGACAAACACUGAGAAGUAGUGGAGACAUAGCCUAGGCUGGCCAGUGAGAACUUAGUCAGGUCAGAGCUCACAGAGGGCAGAGAGCAGGGACUUUGAGGUCUCCACACCUCACCUGACAAAUUGUCACCCACCAAGCUCUGUGGUCCCUGUGCCCAGCCUGUCUCUUAGUUAUCUCCCCAGUUGCCUAAGCCUCAGCCUCUCAAUUGUGAAGUCCUUCUCUCUAGCCAGUGGUGUUAUAAUCCCUUUGCUUACUCAUGAGUUUCUGGUGCAGCAGCUGCCUUCAAAGAGAAAAGAGGAUUACACUGUCAGGCAUGUUUUUGCCAUAGAAAUUCCAGUAAUAAAUAACUCCAUUCCUGCAGCUAAAUGUCUUUACCUAGACUGUGCAAUGAUGCAAUCUCCUUACCUUUAGGUUAGUCUGUUAACCUGCUUUAAUUUACUGGUGCUAAUUCCAAGUUUUAAUAGGUAAACAAUGGCUGACUUGUGAAUGGAUGAACUGCCUGGACAGUCAGAAAACCCAGAGGUUGGGAGAAAGCAAGCGCUUGAGGACACAGGUGGUUCAGUAUCCUUGUGUGAGCUGAUGGGCUAAGGGAGGAAGUUUUCUAUUGAUUGACUGACUGACUGAUUGAUUCAUUGAUUCAUUCAUCCAUUUUUAGUGAUCACAUUAGGACUGUCAAACAUAUGCCUUCUUUGAUUUUGUAAAGAAAAACUGUGUUUAGGAAUCAUCAUGUUCUGUUUACUGCAAGUAACAUAACAAUUAAAGAGCUUUGAAGCAUUU